AUGGGCUGCUGCCAGGGUAACUUUGAACAGGUGAGGAAAGACUUGGCGUCUGCACGGGCGGAGAAUGAAGCUCUCAGGGCCGAGAACGCAAAGCUGCGAAGCCAGCUGCAGCAUGGGCGGAGUGGCGCGGCAUCACCGUCAGCUGUCCGAGUGGAGGCUCCGACAGCCCCUUCUGCCGCACAGGCACCAGCCCAGAUGCCACAGGCACUGGGAGAAGCCGGUCAAG